AUGUUUAACAGCCCAUUUCCAGAUAGUCCAAUGGAAGUCUCAACGGUGAAUGAUGUCAAAAUCUAUAACUUGAGUGCCGGUAAAAGUCUACCUGAGUGGAUGUCGUCUCGAGCGAGGAGAAAGUUGGAACAAAGGAAUACCGAUGUGCGUCAGAGGAUCCAACUCAUUCAAGACUUCGAAAUGCCUGAUGUCAGUAAUACAGUGAAUAUCACACCGGACGGGAAAUAUGUGUGGGCAUCUGGAAACUACAAACCAUGGCUGAGAUGUUAUGAUUUGAACAAUCUGUCGUUGAAAUUUGAAAGAGGCCUAGAUGCUGAUGUAGUAAAACUCAUUCCUCUAAGCGACGAUUACUCGAAGAUUGUGGUACUAGAAGAAGAGCGAUGGAUUGAAAUGCAUGCAAUGCUCGGCAGAUAUUUCCGUAUGCGAAUGCCUUGCCAAGGAAGAGAUAUGGCGCUUUCUGAAGAGUCCAGUGAUCUCUACCUAGUUGGAACAAAGAGCGAAGUAUACCGAUUCAACCUCGAACAAGGCUGCUGGUUGACUUCUUUCGAGUCCACGGCUCCAUUGAACUGUGUGCAAGUGUGUACAGAUCACCAAUUGGUUGUAUGUGGAACAACAAAUGGCGUUGUUGAAGCUUGGGAUCACAGAGAUAGAUCACUCUGUGGGACUCUCGAUGUCGGAUCAUCUGUUAACAGUCACACUGGUUUGUUCAGGGAGAAUUCAGUUAUUGCUGUUACGUCAUUAGCGUUUUCCGACCCUCUACACAUCGGUGUUGGUACAAGUUCUGGCCAAAUCGUCACAUAUGAUCUGCGUGCGCGACGGCCUCUUCUAAUUAAAGAUCACAACAACGAAUUGCCAAUCAAAAAAAUAGAAUUCAUUAAACGAGAUGAUGGAGACGUUGUUGCUUCGAUGGAUUCACGAAUGAUGAAGAUGUGGUUUGAAGAAGACGGUUCUCCGUUGGCCGCUAUUGAAAACACAUGUCCGUUGAAUGAUUUUUGCCGAUUCCACAAUUCUGGAAUGUUCUUCUUUGCCAACGAGGCACCUAAGAUGUUGCAAUACUUCAUCCCACAGUUGGGACCAGCUCCGAAAUGGUGUUCUUAUCUGGAGAAUCUCACAGAAGAAAUGGAAGAAACGGAAGCUCCCGUGUACGAUAAUUAUCGAUUUGUUACCAAGAAACAACUGGACGAUCUUGGUUUGUCUGGAUUGAUUGGAACAAAUGUGCUACGAGCCUAUAUGCAUGGAUACUUCAUCGAUGCUCGUCUAUACAACAAGGCACAAACGCAGAUGCAACCAUUUGCUUAUGAAAAGUACAAAGAACAGAAGAUCAAGUCGUUGAUUGCUGAUGAACGUGAAGAAUCAGCAGUAAAGAAGAAGGUUGAAAAACUACCAUCAGUGAAUAAGAGUCUUGCUGCAAGACUUCGUGAUGAAGCUGCCGCUGCCAACAAGACAGCCGAGACCAAGAAGGAGAAGAAAAAGAGUAAAAAAUCAGAUGCAGCAUCUUCUCUCUUGGCUGAUGAUCGUUUCAAGAAACUAUUCGAAUCUGAAGAUUUCGAAGUGGACGAAACUAGUGAGCAGUUUUUGAAGAAUGCCUCAAUUGCACAAAAGUUGGCAGCGAAGGGUCCUGUUGAAGUGGAUUCAGAAGGGGAAGACCAAUCUGAAGAAGAGAGCGAAGGUGAUUCUGAUGAAGCAGCAAGUGGAAGCGAUGACGAUCAAGAUAACACUGCAGCAUGGAUGGAAGAAGAUCAUCGUGGCACCGAUAUGGCUUCAGAUUUGGAAAGCGUCUCUAGUGAUGAAGACGUUGAUGAGUCAUUGAAAAAGAAAAGAGCGAAAAUUCGCGCGGCCAAAAAAGUGGAAAGAAAUGUACAGAAGUCUCAGAAAUAUGACGAAAGAAAGGAAGCUAAGAAAUUGAGAAAAGAACAGAGACUGACAUCCAAGCCAUCGAAAUUUGUUCUUCACUCAAUCGGAUCAGGAGAAACAACUAGAAAGUUUGUAGAUGAAACGGUCGCUGCUAACACUGUUGGAUCAAGCGAGACUUUAAUGGCCCUUGGCGCCCGUAAAACAGCAUCUGCAAAACAAGACAGAAAGACAAAGAAGGUCAACGAAGACGAUGUUCCCUUCGGUGGUCGUGAAAUGUCAUUCACCAUUUCGAAGCGUGAUAAGGAUCUUCGUGCACAGGCUGCAAAAAGCAAGCAAGAAGCUCACGUUGCUGAACGAAAAGAAACUACUAUUGCGAACACAGACGCUCAAUUAAGCCGGAGUCACAGAGCGGCAGAAUCGACCGUUGGCCCGAAACAAGACCAAUUUGGAUUGAUCAGAAAAGGAACCAGGUUGGAGAAGUCAGAGCUGGCAGAAGACGCAAAGUAUCCAAUUAUUCUGGUACGCGACCACAAGUUGACAGAGAUGAUCGUGCGGCAAACCCAUGUGUACAACAGACACAUUGGAACGGAACAUUUGUUGGCAGAAUGCAGAAGGCAAUAUUGGAUUCCUCAAGGAAGACAGCUAGCCAGAAAGAUUGUACAUUCUUGUGUCACUUGCAGAAAACUGAGAGGUAGACCAUUCAAAUACCCCGACAUCCCACCAAUACCAUCGACCAGAGUAAGAAGGUCAGGGCCAUUCCAAAACGUGGGACUCGAUGGGUUCGGUCCACUAAUCCCUUGGAAAGGAGGAGUAUAUGAAAGGAUUAUUGGCAUUGUGAAGAAACUACUGUAUGCUUCAGGAGAUACUGCCCAUUUUAAUUACGUCCAACUCUUUACCAUCAUCACAGAAAUCGAAGGCAUUGUCAAUUCCAGACCUAUCAGCCACAAUCCAGAAGGUCCCAACGAGGGAGAAGUGAUACGACCAGUUGAUUUCAUCAAUCCAGAAGUGAAGCUGGAAAUCUUACAUGAUCCGGGUAACCAGGAAAUAGAAGAAAAGAUGGGAACAACAGAGAAGGAGACAAGGUUACAUUUGUCUAAUCUGAACAAACACAUGAACCAUCUAUGGCUGCAAUGGGAGACAAUGUAUCUAACCCAAUUGAAAGAAGCAAAAGCAAAGAAAAAACAUUACACGAACACCAUACCGAAGAUGGCUAAAAUCACUGAGAUUCAUCCGAAUGCUCAAGGCCAAAUCAGAACUGUCACUAUCAAAUAUGGAGGCAUGGAAGUCUUGAGAUCCGUGAACCAAUUGAUUCCAUUGGAAUUAGAGGAAGAAUCUACCGCUUUGGAAAAGGCAGAGCACAAGGAAGAAAACACCACUGAACCAGAACCACUUGAUGAUCUUCAGAAGAUUUAA